AUGAGUUUUCUUAAAGGAAGAUUAUGUGAAACGAAACAGUUAAUAUGGAAUACUCUUUCUAAAGCUUCAGGACGAUGGUACCCACAACCAGAAUAUGAAUUAAGUAGGCAUCGUACUAGACCUCCUAAUCCUGGAAUUCAUAGAAUGACUCGUCUUAUUGUUGUUGACAAUUCUGCUCUAGGAAAAGAAGCAGAAAAUUCUGGAAAACUUGCAUAUUGCAUUCACGUAUAUAAACAAGGUUAUAGAGCAAAACAUAUGCCUCGUGCUCUUCUUGGCGAUAAGAUUCUCGUUGCAAUUCGAGGACAGAUGAAGAAAGCUUUUGUUGUUGGAACUAAUACACAUGUUCAUUAUAGGAAACAUGGUAUUCCUUCAACAGAUACUAAUAAUAUUGUCUUACUCGAUGAUGAUGGUAAUCCAUUGGGUAAUCGUAUUACUGCACCAAUUCCGGCAGAUUUAUUGAAAAAUAGAGAUAAAGUACAGAUGUCUAAGGUACUAGCUCUUGCUACAAAAUAUAUUUAA